AAAAAAUCAAGAGAAUGAAGAUCUUAGUAAGCAUAGUAUUAUGUGCUGUAUUUUUACUGGUAAACGUAAAAGAAGGUUCUGGAAUAUUUGAUAAACACGGGAAAUCUGAGGCAAAGAAUUACGCAAUAUCUCAAGAGUUUUCCGGUUUUUACAAAAAUAUACUUGACAAAUGUAACGAAAUACAAGAUGUAAGCCGUUUCUUGUGUAAAACCGGUAAUAGCAGCUGUUGUGCUUUAUUCAGUGCGGCUGAUUUUUGUGUCGGAAAAUGCGAAGAUAAUGGGAUAAACACACAAGCAAAUAUUUUAGAAUUAUUCGAGGCAAUUACACUUGAAAGUUGUGUAGAGUUGGUAGCUGCAUACGGGAACUGUCAAACUCCGAGUUCAGAAUGUACAAUAAUAAAGCUCUUUUUGGAAAUCUGUGUCAUAAAAUUCCCUUUACUCGUGAGUCCAAUUACGUCACCAAUAACCAGUCAAAUUACGUCACCAACCACGUCACCCACGACUAGUCCACUUACGUCACCUAUUACCAGUCCACUUACGUCACCUAUUACCAGUCCACUUACGUCACCUGUUACCAGUCCACUUACUUCACCUGUUACCAGCCCGAAUACCAGUCCACUAACGUCAGCUGUUACCAGUCCAUUAACGUCAGCUGUUACCAGUCCACUUACGUCACCUGUUACCAGCCCGAUUACCUCACGACCUGCAGGAGUGUUUUACUGUGACGUGUUAGGCUCGGGUCGAGUUCAGAUGCCUGUAUCAGUUUGGUGUGAUGACACUGUGGAUUGUAACGCUCAUAUAGAAGAUGAGCAAGCAGCAAAUUGUAAUGGGUGUAUAAUGGGACAAUUCAAAUGUGGUGCUUCAGAAACAACGUGCCAGCCAGCCACCAAUUUAUGUAAUGGAAUGCAAGAUUGUGAAAAUGAUUUCGACGAAUCUAGUAGAAUAUGUGCACCUUAGUCAGAAACUAUAUGAUGAUGAUACAGAAUUGUUCUGUGUGUCAAAAUGUUUUUUGGUUGUUUUUAGUAUCUAUAAUAUUUUAAUUGUAUUUUAAUUACAUGUAUUGCUUUACUAACAGAAUGGUCUUAUUAUAAUUGUUGUUGGUUUUAUAAUUAUUUUUAUUAUUAUUAUUAAGGAUAAAUUCACUUAUAAUGUUUCUAACUCCAUAAUGUUUUUAUUUGUUAUUAUCGUAUUUAAAACAACGAUAUUAUGAUAUUUUUAUUGUUUAUUGAAUAAAUGUUUUAUCGAUUUAUUUCACC